AUGUCGCAAAAUAUUGCACAAGAAAUGGCCGCUUCUCUGCGGUCAAAUAAAGCCCAAUUAGACGUAGUGAACGUGCAGUUGACGCAACUAGAUAGACAGAAAAAACUAGCCAAGUUAACGGCUCAAGAGCUCGAAUCGUAUCCUGUGGGGAAAGUUUGGAGAUCGUGUGGAAAAGCGUUUGUGCUGCAGGAUAGAUCUACAUAUACUGGAGACUUGGCGAGUGACGAGAAAGUGGUGGAAGAACAACUGAAGGCAUUGAAGAUUAAACAGAACUACCUGCAAACUACAGUGGACAACACAGUGGAUAAUCUCAAACGGAUGAUGGAACAGAAAUGA